GAUAUUUUUUAUUUUGUAAUUAACUAGUUAAGGUACAAUACGUAAGAUUGCAGCACACAUAAGUUGCAUUGAUCAAAUUCUCUGUUCUGCAAACACAAAUUGAGUCUGUAUGUCUCUGCUGUGGCUUCAUGUGCUACAGUGUGCUGUUCCCAGUAGAGUGAAUCAGACUAUCACUAACCAGAUAUUCCCUGUGGUCCUGCUCCUCCAUUAGUUACUGAAUAAUAAAGGUCUCGCUGUGGCUCACUUCAUUAAGAUCUUUUUAUUUUUUUAAGCACGUCUCUCAUUCUGUAAUUCCUAUUCUGUCUCGCUCAGUCACUGGCUUUACACACACACGCACACAGGCGCACACUCGGAUCACUAUGAGCACUUCAUGUCCUUUGUCCCUCUGUCACCUUGUCUUUCAAUCCCUCCCAGACAGAGGAGGGGAGGUUGAGCACAGAGACACAAAGAAAGGAAGAGGGAGUGUGCAGCUAGUGCCAUCAUCAAGGUGAAGGAGACGCAGUCAAUGAGUGAAUGCGAUAUGAACUGACAGUCUGGGAACUGAUUCAAGUACGACCCAGGAAGAGUUGAAAAGAAAAGAAAAAAAAAUCCGAUAGUUUGAAGGCUGUUCUCUUUUUGGAUUUGCGGCCUCAAGGGGAGAUAAUAUUUGUAAGAGUAUUGGCCCUCCUACAUCAUCAUGGUGGACUUGUUCAUUGACCGUGUCUUGGUGAAGAACAACAAGAACCAGGAUGAGCUGGACACAGAAAAUGAAAUCAUCAUGCGCCUGCAGAACCGCAUCCUGAUGCUCUUCUUUGCAUCUGCUACAUGCGAGAGAUGCCAGCAGUUUGCUCCCACGCUAGCAGACUUCUUCAAACAGUUGACAGAUGAAUCCUACGUGGAUCGCUCUGCUCAGUUGGUUCUCCUGUACAUUAGUUUGGACCAGUCGGAGGAACAGCAAGAAAUCUUCCUCAGAGAGCUUCCCAAGAAGUGCCUGUUCUUGGCCUACGAGGACCCCUACAGGAGAGAACUGGAGGCCAUGUUUAAUGUGGAAAAGCUGCCCACAGUGGUGGUGCUGCGUCCAGACUGCUCCAUCCUCAUCCCUAAUGCAGUGGAGGAGAUACUCAGCCUCGGCCCAGACUGCUACCGCAACUGGAAGGAAGCAUCAGAGCUCAUCGACAGGAACUUCAUGAUCAGCGAGGACUUUGGGCCGGAGUCAAUGCGCAGCUGGAGUGACCCUGUGAGAAGACUGAAGUACAAAGUGGAAGAUGAGAGGAAGAAAAAGAAGAAAAAGGGCAAAGGAUGGGGUGGAGGUGGAGAUGAAGAUGCAGAUUAGUACAAAGACAGAGGAGGGACUCCAUUUUGAUAAAGUUGCCAUGAAUAGUCAUUACAAGUUUUGACACAAAGUUGCUGCCAAUGUAACAGUUUUGUUUAACCAAAUAAACCUUUUUCACAGCUGGAUAUCAAACAGAAAAUCCAGAUGUGUCUCAUCCUAUUCUAGAAAUCGAAAUGUCUACCUACAUCAGCACUAACUACUGUGGUCCUCAAGCAAACAUAGCUCCAGUAUAAGUGAGUGUGGAUAUGCCAACAACCAAUAAAAAGUUAUGUAAAACACUAUCUAAAGGAACUCUGAAUACUGUGAACCAAUGCUGACCUCAGCUCAGGAAUUGGCUGUCUUUUAGUGUCUUCAGAUGCUGCCAAGUAGACAGUCAAGCCAAGGUUAGAUCUGAGCCAAGUCUUGCCAUUAUGGCUUGUUUUAUGACACCCAGGAGAUCAUUCUAACCAUUUCUCGAUUUUCACCGACACAGCUCUGUAAUGCAAUCCACUUGUUCUUCCCUUACAUGAUCAUUUGUAGCGUCCAAUCAAA